AUGAGCUCACACUUGGCAAAUCCCGAUUUUGACGAGUUUUCUCUACCUGUUCAUGUCCACCAGCGACGAAUCCGCCAUAUACUGUCCAUUCAGAUUCGAAAUUUCACUCCAUUUCCGUUACGGGAUGCAUUCACGUCCUCGUUAGCUGCCUCUGGGCCGCCACUUUUGGACGCUGUCGAUGAUAUAGAACUCACACUCUCACGAAGGCGUAUGAGGAGGAUAUCAACAAAUUCUCUCAUGACAGUGAAAAGUUCUAGAGGUGAUUUGGAUCAAUCAGCGACCACGUCUCAGGCAGAAGCUGCUCAAGGACGUCCUCGCGCAAAUUCGCGUUCAGUGCGGAAAUCAGCACAUCUAGGAUACACUCAACGACCUCAAAGAGACAGGGCCACUUCUUCCGCGUCUGUACGUUCCGCCGGAAGGAAUUCAUUGUACAAUGUCUUCGCCCCUUCUUCUGAGGAUUCAGUGGCACCUGUUAGCCCCACAGCUAAAGGCAACAAUCCAGAGGGACACCAAAAGGAUCUGGAACAGAUUAUGGCCUCUCGGCUGGUCGAAACCUUUCUAUCCCUGGAGCCGUUAUCUCAGGACGCACGCUCGUUUCGAAAACCGCAAGCACGAGCAUCAACCUCUCCUGUGCGCGCCGUUAAUACCAGUUUUGACGGCACUGCAAGCAGAUUUCGGUCCGAUAGUGCAGCCUCACAGAGGACUUCUCCCAGAACCACAACUUUCCAGCCUAUCACUCCACAGCCAUCAAAGAUAGGCAAUGCGCCCUUGGACGAUAUUCCGAGAUCCUCUUCACCAUCUGCGUCCCGAACCUUUCAGCAUCGACAGAACUCCUCGAUUGCGCAGCCGUCUACUCAGUCCCCUCGUGCCAAGAUGAAGAUGAUGGAGCCGCAUCGCUCAUCCUCAUUGUCUAUUAGCCAUGCACUACCAACUCCUGCACCAUCUCCUCCACCAGAAAAUGAGGAGGUCUCUGUCCCCUUCUAUAUAUCUCCCUUUCACAGACCGUCUACGAAUCCUCUUUUCGCUUCCAUAGACGUGCAGCAUGACUUUGCGCCAUGGAUGGACCUGGCGAGUCAGAGGUUCAAGGCGUUCCUCUGGGGGAAUAGUGGUUCUGAAUGGGGCAAAACGGCAGAAUCAAAGCCGGUCAAUCCUGCCGGACUAGCACUGGAGAUAGAAACCCUACCACCAACGGCGGACAAUUGGGAGGUGCUGGCUUCAUGGGAUGUUGACAUGGACGAUCUUGUCCCAGUCCCAGUCGAGUACCUUGAAAAUCCUCUGAGUCUUCCCUCUAACACACUCGUCAUGAAACUGGCCCCGAACGGGGAAGUAUAUUACCUUCCAUCAGUCAACAAUGGUGUAGCCUCGUUGCCACCAUCUCCAACCGCAGGCUACUCUGAUACGGAAGUAGACUACUCCAACGCCGAGCCACUGAAGCGGCGCCAUAAGCGAUCCUUAGACCCAUUGAAAGCCAAUGUUCUCAAUAAGAGCCUUCGGGAAACGAAGAUGAAGAGGACAGCAGGGUUCGGUGACUUGCUCAAACUUGUCACGUUACAGUCAGCCCUAGCUGACACAAAGCUACAGCUGGAGGAGAUAGUAUCAUCUUGUGAUGAGCUAUUAGAAGGUGAUACGCUGUUUCACAUGCAACGCGAGAUGUCCCAGCGGGAGCGAGACUUAGAGUCCAGGAAUAAAGACGUACAAGAGGUGAUAACAUGCACGGGGAAUUUACGGGCACGGUAUCAAGAGAAACUCAGUCAAGUGCAAGAGCGCCGUCAAGCUCUGGAAUCUGCUUUAUCAGUCCAUGCUGAAGAAGUGGGAAAGUUGCACAAGUUGAGAGAGGAAGUUGAUGAUAAUCGCAACAAGCACCACGCCCUCUCAAAAAGACUCACAUCUGUUCGCACGACGCUUAUACAGAGCGUUGCCAACAUAUUUCCCAUCGAGCCCAUUGAGCCACGGGAUCUGCUAUUCUCCAUCGCUGCUCUCCCCCUUCCAAUCCCCAUGGGUACCAAUGACCCAGCGCCUCCUUCGACUAUCCCCGGUGAUAGCUCCUACAACGACGAGACUAUGGCAGGUGCUUUGGGCUACGUCGGUCAGAUGCUUAAUCUCGUAUCUGCGUACCUGGGCGAUACUCCAGUGUACCCAAUCUUUUGCCAAGGGAGUCGUAGCAUGAUUAAAGACCCUAUUUCCGCCAUGAUGGGACCAAGAGUGUUUCCUCUUUACAUGAAGGGUGCUGAGCUAUACAGAUUCGAAUAUGGCGUCUACCUUUUGAAUAAGAAUAUUGAGGCGCUGAUGAAUGAUCGAGAUCUACGGGCUCUGGACAUAAGGCACACACUCCCGAACCUCAAGAACCUGAUAUUGACCCUCACCAGUGGUGAGGCUGCUGUUUUGAAACCUAAACCUCGGAAGAAGGCGUCGGGCCCAGCAUUGACCGCUCCGGGAACCACAACAACAUCCGAUACUUCUACACCACGAGAGCCAUCUCCUUCUCCAGCAGCGAGCGAACAGGAAAGUGAUAAUGGAUCCUCUGCGCAAAUUGAGUAUCAGCUUCCAACGACCCCCACUGCGUCGAAGAUCGUCCUCGAACCUGAGCGCCAAGUUCAUGAGACAAACAAUACAGCAAACAUUGGGACCCCUGGGAUCACGAACGAUGCCCCGGCCACAAAACGGUCCUUUUACAUGGCCGCUUUCCUCCGUGCGCGAUAUCCAUCAGCACAAGCGACACGGAGCCCGACACCACCACCUUUGGUCAAUGUCAAAGUCGAGGCUGAACUACCUCCCACCCCUGGCACGCCGCCUUUGAGUACUCAGCCGGCCCCAGCAGAGGCUAGCUAUUCAGGUGAUCUAGACGAGAGCUCCACGGUACGAGGAUCUAUUCUAUCAAGAGCCGCCCGUUUUCUCGGGGGCGGAGGUAAUGAUACAGCUGGUGCGACUCCAUAA